AUGGUAGGACGGACUGAUAAUUCAGAUGAGCGUAAUAAGGCCAUAGGAAGUUUCAUGCAACUUGAUUGUCACCUUCCAUAGCCAGCUAAUUAGUCUGCUUGGAGAUUGACAUAGCCUCCUCCUAACAAACCCACAUGAACUGAUUAAUUGAACGCCCACCAAUAUAUAUAUUUUUCCCAUUUGACAGAAAGACAAAAUCUGAAUAUCUCAAUCUUCUCAUCCUUCCACUCUUGCAACUACAAAAGGGCUUCCCUUCCCACUCACUGCUUUCAGGACUCUUCUUCCCCUCUCAACUUCUGCUCUAAUAAUUGAUAUUGUAAACUUUCUCCUAAACUUCUAAUCUUUCACCAUGAGAGAAAUCCUGCACAUCCAAGCCGGUCAAUGCGGUAACCAAAUUGGAGGCAAGUUCUGGGAGGUUAUGUGUGAUGAACAUGGGAUUGAUCCCACUGGGAAUUAUGUAGGCAACUCCCACCUUCAACUUGAGAGGGUAAACGUUUACUACAAUGAAGCGAGUGGUGGUCGCUAUGUUCCUAGAGCUGUGUUGAUGGACCUUGAACCAGGGACCAUGGACAGCCUGCGUUCUGGUCCUUUUGGUAGAAUCUUCAGGCCUGACAACUUCGUGUUUGGCCAAAAUGGAGCUGGAAACAACUGGGCUAAAGGCCAUUACACUGAGGGAGCAGAGCUUAUUGAUUCUGUUCUCGACGUUGUUCGUAAAGAAGCAGAGAACUGUGAUUGCCUGCAGGGUUUCCAAGUGUGUCAUUCACUGGGAGGUGGAACAGGGUCAGGAAUGGGGACUCUUCUGAUCUCAAAGAUCAGAGAAGAGUAUCCUGAUAGGAUGAUGAUGACUUUCUCAGUCUUCCCAUCUCCUAAGGUCUCUGACACCGUUGUGGAACCCUACAAUGCCACGCUCUCUGUUCAUCAACUCGUUGAAAAUGCAGAUGAAUGCAUGGUCCUUGACAAUGAGGCUCUUUAUGAUAUCUGUUUCAGAACCCUCAAGCUCACUAAUCCAAGUUUUGGUGAUCUCAACCAUUUGAUCUCAACAACAAUGAGUGGAGUAACAUGUUGCCUUCGCUUUCCGGGCCAACUUAACUCUGAUCUCCGAAAACUGGCUGUUAAUCUCAUCCCUUUCCCACGCCUUCACUUCUUCAUGGUUGGUUUUGCACCCUUAACAUCUCGUGGUUCCCGAGAAUACAGAGCCCUCACCAUUCCUGAGCUUACUCAACAAAUGUGGGAUGCUAGAAACAUGAUGUGUGCAGCAGACCCACGACAUGGUAGAUAUCUGACAGCCUCGGCUAUGUUCCGAGGUAAAAUGAGCACUAAGGAGGUGGAUGAACAAAUGAUCAACGUUCAAAACAAGAACUCAUCGUACUUCGUGGAAUGGAUACCAAACAAUGUAAAAUCCAGUGUUUGUGAUAUUCCACCAACUGGUUUGUCCAUCUCCUCUACGUUCAUGGGGAACUCGACUUCGAUCCAAGAGAUGUUUAGGCGUGUUUCGGAGCAAUUCACAGUGAUGUUUAAGAGAAAAGCCUUCUUGCAUUGGUACACUGGCGAGGGUAUGGAUGAGAUGGAGUUCACAGAGGCUGAGAGUAAUAUGAACGACUUGGUGGCAGAGUAUCAACAGUAUCAGGAUGCAGCCGCCCAGGAAGAUGAGAUUGAAGACGAGGAAGAGCCUAUGCAUGACUAAGAGCACAAGAUGAAGAUGCCUUUGGGACCAUAAUUAAUUGUAUAUAUAUGGUGAGGGAGGUUUUGCAUGCUUGGUUUGUGUGUCUUGUGCUUUGAAAGUGGAUCUCAUUCGUGAGAAGAAACAAGGGGCCCUUAACACAUCGUUCUGGGGAUCUCCCAUUCAUGGCCUGGGAAUAAUUUCUAUUUUAUGUCAAUUUUUUUAAGCAUUAUUUGGUUUCUCAACUAUUCCGUGUUUGAUUUUGAUUCUACCAUGUUGUGGGUAUUGUUAUUAUCAUCUUGUUUGAACAUUACCUGCUCCUUGGAACUUAUUUAAUGUUGUUAUUAUGGCGUUUCCUACCCAUUCCAGGUCCUUUUGACUUCUUCCCUUUUCUAAAA